UACGGUGGGCGGAUCAGUGUGGUGACAGCGACGCGUGGAGACUCCCGACAAACUGUCUAAAACAGUCGACUAACGCCAUGGCGCAGUUGGACCUGAGUCUCAGUGAUGCGUUGAGCGACUGCGCGGCGCCCGGCCCAGAGCCUCGGGUGGAGCGGGACUUCGUGGCCCAGCUGGAGGCCGAGGCCUUCGACGACCAGAUCGGGGAGACUGUGGGCAAGACGGACUACAUCCCCCUGCUGGACGGCGACGGCACUGCACCAGACAUUGGAACUGCAUUGGCAAACGGAGAGAAGAAAGCUGAAGGGGCACAAAAGCCUGGGUCCAAGGUGACAGCCACGAUGCAGCCAGGCCGUCCAGAGCCCCACGGUGAAGUCCGGCCUCGCGUGGACCCCCCAGAUAUGGCCUCAGACCUUCUAUCAGCUUCCAUGCUUCAUUCUCCCGGCCCACAGCUGAUGGGCUUCAGUCCAAUGGGAGCCUCCUCAGGGUUCAUGGAGGUGGGCGUGGCCCCGCUCCCAACAGAGCGGCCCCCCAGCGUAGCCGAGCCUCAGCAGCACAGCCCCAUGCUCCCGGAGCCCCAGGCCCCCCGCGGGCCCCUGAACCUGGCCCCAGGUGCCUGCCCCCUGUGGUCGGACACGGCCCACUGCCCCCCCGCAGACCUCCCCUUCACCGACAGCGUCUCCACGGUGAUCAGUCGCCACGCCAACCAGCUGGCCUCGGACGCCCGCCCCCCCAGGGAGAGCGGGGGCGACGAGAAGGAGGCCGAGGCCUCGGACCGCAAGCAGCAGAAGAAGAAGAAGAAGAGGAGGCAGAAGGACGAGGGGUCCUGGGACCAGCCCGAGGCGACGGAGGCCCCGAGUGAGGGCCCCGCCCCCGCCGACGACCCCUACCAGCGGGUCGGGCCGCGGCGCGACAAGGGGGGUCCGGGAGUCGACGGGGCAUGGGAGGAGCAGAUCGGGAAGAGCGGGGGCCGCGGCAAGAGGGGGAAGAGCAGGAAGAAGCUUCCAGAGGAGUGGGCGGCGACGGCCGAGCCCUUCUUCCCGGCGGGCCCCCAGGGGCCGGCGGAGGUCGGGGCGGCCGCGCCCUCCCUCCCCGCCCCGGAGGAGCCGUUCCCGGGUACGGAGGCGGGCGGGAACGGCCGGAGCCAGGCGUUCCAUCCCGAGGAGGGCCUGGUGCCGGACCUCCCGGAGCGGGACCUGUUCUCCUGCCCGGCCCCCCUGCCGGUCCAGAGCAGCGGGCUGAAGGCCACGGCGGCCCCCUUCACCAUGCCCGCUGGCUCCUCCCCCCUGAGCCCCGGCCCCGCCCGUUCUCUCUCUGCCACGCCCCACGAGCACGACGACGGAGUGACGGGGGACGAGCUGGACGGCGGGCUGUUCGACGCCGGCGGCGUGCUGAUGGAGUCCUACAGCCCCUACCCAAUCAUGACGGACCCCUCCGUCCUCAGCCCCGCCUCCCAGCUCAGCCCCGACCAAUACCUGAAGAUGGGGGCGUCGCCUAGGCCGACCGGCCCCUCUGACAGCUCUUGGCUGGCGGGCGACAGCGGGGACUUGUUCGACCUGGGCGACUACCCGGCCUCCCUGGGGUGCCCCUUCCCCCCGGGCGUGGUCCUGGACGCCACCAGCCCCGCCCCCCUGCGGUCCCCCAGAACCAGCGCGCAGGACUGUCGCGGCCCCCCCCGCGAGCGCCCCGACGAGGCCACGGCGAACAAGAAGCACCGCUCCUCCUCCUCCUCCUCCUCUUCCUCCUCCCUGAAGAGCCCCACGUUCGGCGGGCCCCCGUCCAGCGCCCCCCCGCGGGACUGCCCCGCCCCUCUGGCCUCCUCCCCCCAGGCGCCCCUCGGCUCGCCCGGGUCCUACCUGAACCCCGCCGCCAAGCCCUUCUUCCCCGGCCUCAAUGAGCCCCUGGAGGCCCCGGCUGUGGCCCCCGGCGUGACCCCCGUCAUGGAAGACUCUCAGACACCAGUGAAGUCAGGCACAAAGGAAGACAAGAUGGAGGACAGCAUGGAGGACAAGAUGGACGACGGCAUGGAGCGGCUGGACGAGUACGUCCAGCUGGACGAAGCUGACCGGAGGAGCGUGAGGGUGGAGCUGGCCGCCCGAGAGGAGGAGCAGGAGAAACGCCACAAGUCAGCAACCGCAGAGGAAAAAGAGACGGAGAAGGGGAAACAACAGGCGGAGAAGGUCGCUGAGAAGAUGGAGGACCGGGUGGAGAAGACACCGGACAAGCCUCCGCCGGCGGACAUGGCGGCCGAAGGGGUGGAGGAGAAGGUGGAGAAGACGAUACACGUGAGCGCCGCGCAUGAGGACCCGGAGACGGUCGUCCUGGAGCCGACCACGCCCGGGGAGAAGGCGAAGGCGGUCGUGGUGACGGAGGUGCCGGAGAAACCGGAAGCAGGAGACGCCAAAGGAACCGAGGUCUCUAAAGCCCCGCCCAGCCCGGAGAAACAGCCAACCACCGCCCUGCUGGACGCUGGCUCGGCCACGCCCGAGAAGCACAGCAACAAGAGCACGGAGGAUGACCAGGUGGAGGACACUAAGGUGGAGAAGUCCAAGGUAGAGGUGACCUCUUUGGAGGACACUAAGGUGGAGAAGUCCAAGGUGGAAGUAACCUCUGUGGAGGACACUAAGGUGGAGAAGUCCAAGGUAGUGGUGACCUCUUUGGAGGACACUAAGGUGGAGAAGUCCAAGGUGGAAGUGACCUCGUUGGAGAACACUAAGGUGGAGGAGUCCAAGGUGGAAGUGACCUCGUUGGAGGACACUAAGGUGGAGGAGCCCAAGGUGGAGGAGCCCAAGGUGCAGGAACCCAAGGUGCAGGAGCCCACCGUCUCCGUGGUGGAGAAGGCGGUGAAGACGAAGGAAGAGGCGCUGACGGAGGACCGACACGAUGAGGCAGAACCAGAACGCCAGCAGGAAGAGAAGCCGGCCGCCGCAGCGGUGGAAACUAAAGACAAAGCCAAGCAGGAGGUGAAGAAGACUGCAGAGAAGAAGGAGGUGAAGAAGGAGGACAGCAAGGAGAAGGCCGGUAAAGCGGACGCCGUGACCAAGAAGCCCUCAGCCAGACCCCCCACGGGGAGCCUGAAGGAACCUUCCAGUCCUGAGAAGAAGACCAAGCCUGCUGCCAUGGCAACCAAACCCCUCCCCGCUACCAAAGCCCGGCCGGUCUCAGCGGCCGCCCCCCCCACCAGGCGCCCCGCCUCUUCCCUCAACACCACCACCUCCACCUUCAACAACUCCACCUCCAUCUCAGCCCCACUCGCCAAAAAGACCCUCGCCGCCAGGCCGGCCACCGCCCCCACCGCGGGGGCCCCCAAGAGGGCCCCCGGCCUGGCCCCCAGCCGGCCCUCCUCCUCAGUCACUAGCACCGGCCCCGCCCCGCGGGACGUCCGGCCAAAGACAACAACAACCACCACAACAACAACAGAGAGGCGUGCCCUCGGGUCAAAGGUCACCACCUCACCGGCCGCUCGACCCCCAGCUGGCCCCGCCCCAAACAGGAACGGCACCGCGGCGGCUAGCAAGACCGCUACCGCGGCAGCUAGCAGGACCGCCGGGGCGGCACGCAUGACGGCGGCCCCCCGCCCUGCGCUCAGCGCGGCCGCCAAGAAGCCCCUGGCGUCUAAGCCGGACAGUAAGCUGGGAGAGGACAGGAAGCCGGGCCCUGUGAAGACCUCAGCGGACCCCCUGAAGCCCCGUACCACCGCCGCCGCCGCCGCCACCGCCCGCACCGGGGCCCCCAAACCGGCCAGCGCCAGCAUCACAGAGAGGAAGACGACCCUUGUGUCCCGGGCCCCCAAACCGGCCGCCCCCUCCUCCUCCACCGCCAGGACCAGCGCCUCCCGCCCCGGGACCGCGCCCAGUCCGGACCCCAAGGCCGUCCGCUCCAAGGUGGGCGCCGUGGAGAAGACGAAGGUCCCACACACGGGAGUGAAGGUGUCGUCGACCGCUCAGAGCAAGGCUGCAGCUGCCAAAGACCCCGCUAAAGUUCAGAUCCUCAGCAAGAAGGUGGACCUGAGUAAGGUGACCUCCAAGUGCGGCUCCAAGGACAACAUCAAGCACAAGCCAGGCGGUGGCGUGGUGAAGAUCGAGUCUCACAAAGUGAACUUCAAGGACAAGGCUCAGUCCAAGGUGGGCUCCAUGGAGAACCUGCUGGGCACCGCAGGGAAGGGUGACGGGGGCCAGGAGCCGGCGGAGGAGGGCAGCGUACAGGCCCCCUCUGUGUCCGCUGACCCGGGGCCCCAAGAGGCCCCCGCCGCCGCCGCCGCCCAGGAGAACGGGCUGAAGGAAGGGGGCGCCUGUGGGGGCGAGGGCCUCUGUGAUGCCCCGGUCCUGGACACGCUCAUCCCCGAAACCAAUUGAGUCUCUCACGCUCAACCUUGGCCAGAAACCGCUGGACUUGCUCAAGGACCACGGCGCGGCCAGCGUCCUGAACACCUGCUCCAUCCCCCCCCCCCGGGCCGACGGCCACGCCCUGAUCACCUGCUCCUGCCCCCCCCGGGGAUUCGGCCACGCCCUGAUCUCCUUUUCCUCCCUCAUUCAUACUGUCCCGGCUGUUCCCCGAUCAGCUACGAUCAUCAACACCCCCCCUCGGCUCCCUUCGGCCCCACGCCGCGGCCCCCAGUGACUUCCUCGCUACACACUGCCUCACUGAUGCGGCCCCUAGACCCCCCCCAAACUCCUCAGACCGGGGGGGGUCCGAGUGAUGGAGCUGGAUCCAAACCCUCCCCUGUUUUAGCUUUCCUGUCCCGUUACCCUGGUGAUGUUCAGUCAUAUUGAUGCCCCCCCCCCCCCCCGUAUUAAUGCCCCAGCUCCACUGCUCCGCGUUGAAGUCGAUCCGUCGGCCUAAGCAGCCGACCUACUGCUCCGUGCUCCCGUGUGUGCCCUCAUCACAUAAUCUCCAUCGUCUUCAUCAUCAUCAUCAUCAGGCGCUUUCGGUUUAACUGCAGCAGAUCUGCCUCCCUCUGUCCUGUCCUGUGGUACCCAUAAUCACAGCUCACCUUGUCCUGACUUUAUAGGCUUGAGUUUGGGGCUGGCGGCGAUGCGUCAGCCGCCAGAGCACCGUAGAAGGUCUCCUCCUGUAGUCAGUGGGGGUGGUCUGCAUGUUACCUGUGCUCGGACGCAAACCGUCAUGCCGAUAGCUUCGCUGCCUCUCUGACCGCCCACAUGCAGAGGACAACUCUCCUAGGCUCUCUCUCCCUCUGAGCGGCCAGGGCCGACGUCAUAUAACCAUAGCCUCUCCUUGACCUUUAACCUCGGGAGGGUGAUGUGACCCCAGUAACCGGUGACCCCUGUCUACAAGCUGCCUGUGUGCUUUGUGUUUCAACGCUCCGUUUGAAUCCAUUCCCUCUGAGUCCGUCGUUCUCCCUAGAGGAGAGCUGUGCUACACGCUACAAACAAAACAACAAAAACAUGAGAAAAAACCCAGUUACCAAGUUAGGCUGUGUGACCUUUAGGGCGAUGUUCUGUGUUCGUGAUGACGUGUUUGAGUGAAUAAUACCUUAACGCUGAUGGUAGCAUCUUGUCUUCUCUUUGUUAAUCUGGUUUCCUUUUUCUAAAUAUGUUUCUGUUUGAGAGGAGGUGUUUCUUCAUGUUGUGUUCCUGUACAAUAUUACGGCUGCUCCUUCGACGUUAACGCACUUAAUAUCUCCUGAAUCACGCACAGGACUUUGAACUCAAGGCAGACGAGAGAGAGAGGAGGAGGGAAACAGAAUGUGACAAGAGGGAACAGUAAAAUGAAAAAUGGCCAAAACUAACUUCUGAAUGGGUCUUUGGUCACGGCCUCAUUUAAAAUGAUGCAACAGCGACGGAUGUUAAUUACCCAUCAACGAUCUUCUACCAGUUCAGUCACCGUACAUCCUAGCAUCACAAUGACGCACUGAACGUCUUUGUGUUUCAAAAGAGUCUGCGUUUGGUCAAAGAAGAAAGCGUUGCAAGUCUAGGAAGUGUAAGGGAAGGACAAAGUUAAGUCGAGUGGAGAACCUUUUUAUGGUGUAUGGAUGAUGUCGUGUUGGUCGGUGGAGACGCUCUGAAGUCAAAUGGUGUCCCCUUGUGCCUAGAAUGUCAUUGCUUCCUAAAGUCCCCCCCACUGUAUCGGCAGAGUCAGGGACGAGGUGUAAUCCGCUAGUCAUUGGGAGUCUGAGCUCAACUGAGCUCUUACUGUAGACGUAUUUAUGUAUCCAGACAGAUGCGUAGACGGACUAGACUGUAGUUGUAUGGUAUCGGCGCUGGAAAACCCAACUAGGUUAAUCCUCAUAUUUGUUCAGCAAUGUAUUCGAUGCUUUCUUUAAUUGCCUUCUUGAUGCAUGGCCAGAGUCUACUGCUACGCCCAGCUAACCUAGUGCUACGCCCAGGUAACCUAGUGCUACACCUGCUAACCUAGUGCAACGCCCACUGACCUAGUGCUACACCCAGGUGAUCUAUUGCCACGCCCGCUAAUGUAGUGCUACACCCAGGUGAUCUAGUGCUACACCCAGGUAACCUUUUGCUAUGCCCGCUAAUCUAGUGCUACGCCCAGAAGCAGCCAAUGUGCAAAGCAACUUGCAGCGUCGUGGCAAAGUUAUGUAUAGCCAUCUUUGGGAAAAAUAUUAAACGGUUAUUAUAGCUGUGUUUCCUCGUUCAAAUACUAAAAGUCAGGACGCGGACAAAAGAGGGAGAACUCGGUCUUAUCAUAGUCCUGAACGACCAUCACGGUCAUUCUGAACUUUUCUAUCAUGGUCAUUCUAACAAAUUUGAAUUACACGCGUGGCAGCCAUUACCUUAUCACUGUUUUACACGGACAUCAAAAUGGAGUCUCAACCUCCAGCUGUUUGAUAACAUAAUGGUCCACGUGGUAAUUAUGGUGGGGUCAUGUCGUUAUACUAAGCCCUAAUGUAACGUAUUUUAAUCUACAUGGACACUUGUAACUGCACCUUAAUGAUUAUGAAUGAAGGUUGGCUUGGAGAAGUCGUACAGGAAUAUAACAACGUUCAAAAUAUUAUGACUAUUGCAAGUUUAUUUUUAAUCACUAUUUUUAUUUUUGCCUGCUUUCCUCAACCGAGCAAUAAGUGAAAUCACUGUCGCCUCCCCGUUCCUCCAAUUGGAUAAAGUUCAGGGACAAGUUCAUGUUUGCUUUUGACCGCAAAACUUGUCUCCUUUUAUAUUGAGUCAAUUCAGAGAGCGAAAAGAUUUGGCAGUAAAUCAGGUUUACUUAUUACUUAAUGAAAAUGGGCAGUUUCUUGUGCAAGUGAAACAUGUUAACGCGGUGGUCCUGGUAAACCUUGUGGUGUGCUCCUGUCAGGUCAUGGUGGUCCUGGUAAACCUUGAGGUGUGCUCCUGUCAGAGUUCAUCUAGGAUUCAUUCACCGCCCUCCUCGUCAGAUUGCAUAUGGAUGUAUAUAGAUGUGUUAUGAUUUGUGCGUUCGACUUUGCCACAAGGAACAAAAAUAUGAACAAAACAACGAUGACAGACAAAAAUAAUUACCCGGUUGUUAACAAAAGUGUGUCCAUGUAACUUAAACGGUUUUGUGAUGUUUUAUGAUGACUUUUCUGACUACAAAUGCCACACUUACUAUUACGGCAGAACUAUUAUUAUUUCUGAGCAAAUCAGCCUUUUAUUGUAGUUAAGAGGCUGCUGAAAUGAAACAAUGUCUUUGAGAUGUAACGUACUCGAGACGCGCCCGUAUUUAUCAAUGUGCACCAGUAGUCUGUUGGUGGUGACCUGACGUCAGACGUCUACAGAAAGCAGGGCCCAUGCCCAUGCUCAAGCUUCUCCAGAACCUUUUGGCGGCCUCUAGUGGCCAAGGAACACGCAUGCUACUAAACAUAAUUUAAACGGCUAAUCAGUAUUUGUUGAAUUGUCCACAUUAACGCACCAAACUGUGUUUUUUAUUUCCUUGAAACCGCUAACUGAAACGUUUAAAAUAUGUCUUCAACAUGACGGUUUAAAAAACUCCACCAAUUCCGGCUAAUGCUCGAUAAAACCUGUUGGUCAAGCGGACGCUAUGUGUCGGGGGUUAUAUGGUGAGGCACACAAGGGAAUUCUUUGAGGGGAAUGCAUUCAGCGUAAUGGGAAAGCCCCAGUGCACGCAUACUGGGGUUAACAUGACGAUGGUGCAACAUUACCGCACACCUUUCUCAUGGGUCGACUCCACGCCAACAAAAGUUCUGAAACACAACUGCUGGCAUCUGUAUUAGCACCUGCUCCUUCCCCCCUCUGUAUCCAAACAUGCAAACUAAUGAAUCCUAAAGCAUCGCAAUGGGGAACGCAGACUUUUAGCUUUUCUUUGUUUUCAUUGAUUUUGAAUUAUUUUGUUUGAGAAGUGUUUAUUGUGAUUACUUGUUCAUUAGUGAUGUGAUUAUUAAACAUGGAAUAAAAGAGAAAAAAAAUUCCCAAAAUAUGUGUGAGUGGCCUGAUUGAACUGCUUAAUUCAGUCCCUUAAAGUGUAUUUUAGGCGAAAAUUUAACCCAGUGUCUUUUUCGGCAUGGAAACCCAUAAAAUAAGCCCUUCAGACAGCUUUUUCCGUUGAUAAUCGAGUAUAGAGCUUGCCCAAAGUUGCCCGGAGCAAUGUAACAGCCCAAUGUAACACUUCCAAAUCUGCAUUUUUUUAACCACUAAUAUUGCUCAAAAUGGCACCAAACCUCUGCAGUAGCAUGAUUAGGAUGCCUACACAUAAAACGAAGCAUCAACAACUUGGUUAGCGUACCGGGAGUUUAUUAACAAAUACUGUUUUCCAAGUCUGUAGGGUCCAUGUUUUCUAGGAAGUCCACACAAGUUGAUUACCGGCUACCGUAAAUAAUUUAAUAGAGGCACCAACCAAUUUUAAACAGCCAAGUAUGAAGA